AUGCUAUUCUCUGGAAAAAGAGAGACCUGGUAAAAGACUUAGAAGAAGAAUAUGGGUAUGCAACUAACCAAGCAUUGACAUUGGACAGGAAAGAUUUCGAAGCCAUGGAGGAAUAUGAGCAACGAAUCUUAAUGGAAAGACUAGCUAGACAAAUGGAAUUAAGCGAAAGCGAAUCAUUACGACAACAACUCCAAGCAAAAUACAGAGAAUUACUAGGAGUAUCAUUAGAAAACCUAGACAAAAUGCAUGACGAAGAAGACGAAGAAAAACAAAUGUUUGAAGAACAAAUUAAAGCAAGAAGAAAAGGCUUAGAAUUACCAGAGACGUUACCAUUAAAAAAUCCAUAUCAUGAAGAAUACAUACCAACAGAAAAUAAACCACGAGAUGUCGAAACAUUAGAAGAUAGAUGGUUAUUAGAUCCAAACUUUGGAAGAACG